AAUAUGAUAAUGUGAUGCAUUUUCUUGUAUAACAAGAAAAUCCUUACAAAUCCCCCUUAUGUAGUUGAACAUUGACUUCAAUAAAACUUUCUAAUUCCUAUGGCCCACUUAUGAGUUAUAAAUUAUUCAUGAGUCAUCCACAACAUCGGACAUCCCUAUUUCCAUACCUUAAUCCCCCUUUUUUUCUGGGAUGAAGAUGGUCAACUUAGCAAUAACAUGUAGCUUUCCUACAUAAAACUCUUCCAAAAUAAUGCCUUUCAAGAAUAAUUAUUAUCAACUACUUUAAUAAGGUUGCUAUCUUAUACAAGUACUAUAUAAACAUACCAUCUUUUGCACCAUCCCACCCCUACCAAGCCACAUUCACUCCAAAUGGCUUCUCUUUCUUUGGCUUUCGCUUUCGUUCUCUCCUUGAUUUGCUUCCCUUACUUGCUUAUAGCCCAGCAGUCGUAUGGUGAUAGUAAUUGCCCUGCAUAUAACAACGCUUCUACGGCUCUUGGGUAUGACUGUAAUGGUGUGAAUAGGACUUGCCAAACUUUUCUCAUAUAUAGGGCUCAGCCGGCCUACAACACCAUCUCUUCCAUUGCAUCCCUUUUAUCUGCCAAUGCAUCUGAGGUAUCUGCGAUCAACAGCAACAUAUCUGUAAGCAAGGCCUUGGCAACAGACACCGAGGUGAUUGUCCCUUUGACUUGCUCCUGUGCAGGUAGGUUUUACCAAGCCAACACCUCUUAUGUUGUUCAAACGAAUGAAAAUUAUUACGUUAUAAAUACAAAUAAGUUUGAAAGUUUGACUACUUGUAAUGCUAUUCAAAUUCAGAAAACCAGCCCAAAUGUAAUAAAUGUAUUCCCUGAUGAUAAACUUAAUAUCCCUCUAAGGUGUGCUUGUCCUACUAGAAAGCAAUUUGAUGCAGGGAUUAGGCACCUUAUUACCUAUGUGAUCCAAUCAGGCAAUGCUAUAGCGAGUAUUGCUCAUCGAUUUGGAGCUGAUGUUGGGCAAACACUCGAGGCCAAUGGAAAAUCCGAGCAGAAUUCUGUUAUCCAACCUAACACAACCCUGCUUGUUCCAGUACAAUUCCCGCCCAACAGUUCUCAUAUGGACUAUCCUCCUUAUGUACCACCCCCGCCACUACCUCCACCAUCAAUUCCUCCUAGAGCAACACCAUCACAACCGCUGUCUAGUGGGAGUUCCAGUAAGAAAUGGGCUUAUUUUGGGGUUGGAAUAGUUGUAGGAGCUGCAUUUAUUUCAGUUGCAGGGACCAUUCUUUUCUGUAUGCUUCUAGGGAAACUUACGAAGAAGAAAAAUGAUCCAAUUGUGUCAUUGCGAAGCUUUGAAGCACAAGAAAAGGCUGUUACAGAGAAGUCUCUAGAGACUGAGACAGAAUCCCUGGUGUUUCUUGAGAGCAUAUCAAAAAUAGCUUCCCUGAAAGUAUACAGUUUCAAGGACCUGCAGGCAGCAACAGAGAAUUUCAGUGCUGAUCAUUGGAUUAAGGGAUCGGUGUAUAAGGGAAAUGUAAAUGGUGAUGAGGUAGUAAUCAAGAAGAUGGAUGGAGAUGUCAGUAAAGAGAUUAAUGUACUAAACAAGAUCAACCAUUUAAAUCUCAUCAGGCUGUUGGGAGUUUGCUUUCAGGAUGGAAUUUGGUACUUUGUCUAUGAAUAUGCAGGUAACGGACCUUUGAGUGAUUGGAUUUACCAAGACAGCCCCGAUAAGAAAAACUUGAGUUGGGGACAAAGAAUGCAGGUGGCUUUUGAUGUUGCCACGGGACUAAACUAUCUACAUAGAUAUACAAGCCCACCACAUGUUCACAAGGACAUAAAGAGCAGGAAUGUUCUUCUUACCGACAAGUUUAGGGGGAAAAUUGCAAAGUUUGGGCUCGCAAGGCCAGUUAUGGGAAAUGAUGGUCAAUUCACCUUAACGAAGCAUAUUGUAGGGACAAAAGGAUAUUUGGCACCUGAGUAUUUGGAGAAUGGAAUAGUCUCUCCAAUGCUUGAUGUUUAUGCAUUUGGUGUUCUGUUGCUUGAGAUGCUAACUGGUAAAGACGUCGCUUUCCUUUAUGAAGGAGUUAAGGUUCACUUAUCAGAGGUGUUAGGGCCUUUGGUAAAAGAGGAAGAUGGGAUUUCAAACUUGAAAGAUUUUAUGGAUACUUCUCUUGGGGAGGAUUACCCUGCUGAUAUCGCUUAUACUAUGCUCGUGCUUGUUGAUCAUUGCUUGAGAAAAGAUCAAGGAAAGCGCCCUUCUAUGGAUGAAAUUGUUCAAAUUCUGUCCAAAACUCUGACAACCUCACUUAUAUGGGGAUCCAGUACUUCUGCUGGUAACUCUAGCUCAUGAUCAUGGUAGUUAUGUGUAGCAGCUGCAGCCUUUUCGUCAAUACCUGCUAUCAGCCCUGAUACCUGUAAUAAUGUAGUGUGAACUCUUAUGGAAUUCCGGAUGAUUGUUGUAACAAAAACCUCAUGUUUAAUUUCCAUUUCAUUGGUGUAUGUUUGUUCAGGGAAUUGAAGUAUAGGACAGUUUUAUUUUUCUUUUCUUUUUUGUGUAACGAAUUGGUUGCCCUUCUUUGGUAGGAAAUCUAAUAAAUUAUAUCUCUGUGUCAAUAUUCUUGCCAAAGUUUCUCCUAAUAUAAGUUCCAUCUUAUCAUAUUAGUUGCAUAUAUGAAGUACUAAUUAAAUUUCUGAUUUUUUUCUGACAGAGAGAAAUAGAUUACAUGCUAUUUUUGUUGAUGUUAUCUAUUUGUAUUAGGUUCUGUGUGAGAAAGUCACUUGAGGAUCAAAUUUAGAAUCUAUGAUAUAUAUAUACUUUGAUCUUGUAGGUGAACUGACCUCAUUUCUUACAAC